GGCCGGCGGCGGGCGGUGGGCGCGGCGCUCCCCGCGGCCGCCCGGGCGGCGUCCGUCCGCGCGUCCGCGUGUGUGCGCGCCGAGGCCGGGCGGGCCGCGGGGAGGGGGCUCCCGGAGGGCCGCGUCCCGCCGGGCCCUGGGCGCUGCCGCAGCCGACGGGGCCGAGCCGGGCCGGGCCGGGCCGAGCGGGAUCGCGGCGGGGCCGCGGCGGCGGGGCCGGGCGGGGAUGCGGCGCGCCGUGCCCGGGCGGGCGGCGAACAAAGCGCGGCGGCGGGCACGGCUCCUCGGGACAAAGCCGCCGCCCCGUGCACCUGCCCGCACCGAGCGCUCGGGCCCAGAUGCAGCGGUUGCUCUGAACGCGAGGACGCUGCGGAUGUGCUCGCUGGCUCGCGGGCUUCUGGAGUAACAGUGAAUGAUGAAGUCAUAAAGGUUUUUAAUGACAUGAAAGUAAGAAAAUCUUCAACCCCAGAAGAGAUUAAAAAAAGAAAGAAAGCCGUUCUCUUCUGCUUAAGCGAUGACAAAAAGCAAAUAAUCGUAGAGGAGGCGAAGCAGAUACUGGUCGGUGACAUCGGAGAUACCGUGGAGGACCCCUAUACGGCCUUUGUGAAGUUGCUACCGUUGAACGAUUGCCGAUACGCUUUGUACGAUGCCACGUAUGAGACAAAGGAAUCUAAGAAGGAAGACCUGGUAUUUAUAUUCUGGGCUCCUGAAAGCGCACCUUUAAAAAGCAAGAUGAUCUACGCAAGCUCUAAAGAUGCCAUUAAAAAGAAAUUUACAGGUAUUAAACAUGAGUGGCAAGUAAAUGGUUUGGAUGAUAUUAAGGACCGUUCAACACUCGGAGAGAAACUGGGAGGCAACGUGGUAGUUUCACUUGAAGGAAAACCCUUAUAAAAAGACAGACAAGUGCCAUCUGGAUCUAAGGAGCUUCCAUUUCUGCAGCUCGUUCAAUUGGAAUAGUAUUAGUCUCCCUUUCUCCUUCCCUCCUCAAAAAUAAGCCCCUUCCCUUCUGCCCCUGAAGGAGAUGUCAUUGUUAAGCAGUCUACCAGUGAUUGCCAUUAGACUGUUUAAUCCUGGUAGUUUUAUGUAGGAUCCAAGGAAUGCUUUCACGUCAUACUCUUAGCCAAAACUGACGCUGCAUGCAUUCCUUGCCACACGUACAAUGAAUGUGAUAGUUAAUGUGAAUAGUCUAGCAGACAGCAAAGGGUAAGCUAAUUGAAUGCCUUGAAAGUAUUGUCCACUGGUGGGAUGGUAGACUCUAUACAGUAUUACUUACAGUUGCACUUGAUUGCAGUUCCAUGAGGCUCUUGUGCAUUCAUACACCUCACCUGCCUUGACAAGCCUAUUUUUGUGACAUGGCAGCACACAACACUAUGCAUUUAAAGCACUUUUUUGUAAUAUGUUUGACCUGCCCCUCCCCCCCAAAGGAAUGCCAAUUAAGUUGCUGUAACUGUGUCAUCAAAUUAUUGUGGUACCUCAGUUUCAUUCCUGUUACAUGCAUAUCUUUAUAAAUGAAGUAGCUGUUACGAUGCCUUUUGUUUUCCAUUGAAUGUACACUACUGAACAGGAGUAGAAGUUAUCUGUUUACCAUGUGAGUCUUGAAACACUAAAGUUUUGUAAAACAUCGGUCAUGAUGGCAAUUUCUGUAUUAAAAAGAGCCUUAAAUGGAACAUUGUUUUUGAGAUCAAAAACUGGCCACGUUGCAAUAAAACUUGUGGCUUAUUACAGAAUGUUGCCUUGUUUUCAUUGGAAAAUAUAGUUUUUAAGUAUGUUUAAUUUAAGCAUAUUUCAAAUAACUUCUGUGGAAAGUAUUGUAAAGAUAAACAAUCAUUAAUCUCGUCAUAAAUAGUGCAAGUUUUUCAUUCCUGAUCAUGAUUUAGGCACUGCUUUACAAUACUUCGUGGCACUAUUCUGAUCAUUCGGUAAAGGACCUAUUCCUCGUUUACCGUGAAAGCAGCUGCCGCUGCUAGAGACCAUUCGCUUCCAUGAAACUCUUGUGUCAGAAACUUACAGGUACUGAGGAAUUAACCGUGCGCCUGUGUUUAGCACCUGAAUGCUCUUAAAGUUCUACAUGUCAGAGUAAAACCUUGCAUGAAAUCUCGCAGCUCUCUGUUGUGAUGAGGUGAUACGUAACGACAGCUGUAUGUAACGCAGAAUACAGGUUGGUGAAUAGUUGUUGCUUCUUAAGCGUUACAGUUAGCACUGACUUGGUACAAGAAGUAUCCUAGAUGAACUGUUCUGCUUGUUAACUUCUAUGUAAAUAGAACUGGAAAGUGUUUGCCACUACUGAGGCUUGCACUGGGGACAUGUUUUGGCUGAAAGCCAGAUAAUGCUCUCCUUAUAGAGAAUUUGAUCUGCUCUGUGUGAGCAAUCCUCCGUUAGCCAGAGCUAUUUAUGGCAAACACAUGCUUUUGUAUCUUGUCAUCGUUAUCCACAAAUGGCAAAACUGGACAUGAUUCUGCUGGUAUGCGUAAAGGCACUCUGUUAGGCAGCCAGUCACAGCCGAAAUGUACAUGCUGCCAGAAGGAAUGCUCUUUAUCAUUACCUUAUUUUAAAAAGUUGGUGGAGUAGAACUGAGGAGCUCUUAACUAUUGGCCCUUUACUUUCAGUUCAUAGCCCCCUUUUUGCAACAAGAAGCAGAUAAUCACCAACUUUUGUUUUUUUUUUUUUAAAAGUUUGAAUAAAUUGGAGAUACUGUGUUCAGGCUUUCUCGUCCUGUAGAACUUUAAGACUUUAUUUCAGGCUUCUGGCUGUCCUUACGACUUGCACACCUCAUUGUGUUGGCUGUUUUCUGUAGGCUAAACUCGACUAGAAUUUAACUAAAAAGGCAUGACAACCACUGACUUAUUAAGUGUAUCGAUGAGUCUUGGUUUUGUUCUACAAAACUCUCCUUUCAGGAACCUUUUAAGGCUGAGAAGUAACUGAUGGUAUGCAUGUUGUCUAUUUAAAAAGCAACACCUUUUUAUUCCUCAAAUCGGUCUCUUUUAUUUCUGAUGGCUCACGUUGCGUGCAAAGCCCAGUUUAAUGUAAAAAUCUACUUUGUUCUUUACGUUUGACUUGAGUUCAGUAUAACGAAACAAUCAUUUUAACUGAUGUUCACAAGGCAUAAGUGGUUUCUUUAGAAAAAAAAGCCAAAACUGAAAAUGUUAAAUUUUAAUAAACAAUUUGAAUCUCA